AUGAGUGGUCCAGGUGUCGGCUUCGAGUAUCCAUCAGUGCCCGUUUCGUGGUACAAGCGAGAUGUCUUGCUAUUCGCAAACGCCAUUGGCUGUGAUGCCAAAGAUGAGCUUCACUUCCUAUAUGUACGUGUUCUUGAAAACUCCAAACGUGCCGCCAUCCCAGAUGUUCCAAAGUUUGACAGUCGCAAGGUGGUGCAUGGAGAGCAGUCCAUCACUUUCCUGAAGCCUCUGCCACCGACCAGUGAAGACCGCGACUUUGAGAUGAGAGCAAAGGUUCUGGGAGUAUACGACAAGGGCAAGCCUGGCUCGGUAGUCGAAACCGAGAACUUGAUUGUAGACAAGGCCACUGGAGAGGUGUAUAGUAGAGCAGUUGGCAUGUCCUUCUUUGUCGGCCAGGGAGGUUGGAAUGGACCUAAGGACUUUGUGGUGACUACAACCCUCUGCACGCCACUCCAGAGCCUGGCCAGCAGAUGGGCUUCGNGCGGUGCCAUUCUCCAUGGCUUGUUCAGUUGGAACACUACAGCUCACGGGCUCCUGAAGCUUCUUGGAAACUCGGAUCCAACUAACAUCAAAGAGUUCGCUGCACGAUUCGCAAGUCCCGUCAAGGCAGGUGACACUCUCGUCACACAAAUCUGGUGUAUGGGUAAUGUCGAUCAAGAGGGCUGGGAGGAGGUAAGAUUUGUGACCAGCGUAAAGGGCGGCAAAGUAUGUUUGAGCAAUGGUCGAGCAAAGAUGAAGAUUACAGGACAGAAGAGCAAGCUGUAG